GUAUUCUUCAUUUCCGCUUGUUUACACCUCGUACGUGUCCGACUUGUGUCAGGAACUGUUAAUAAGGAUGCAGCUACAGGAAAAAAUGUCAUCGGAAGUGAUACCGGCGUGCGACACUUUGAGGAUCCUUCAUCUGCCCCCGCAAUUGUCCGACAGUCGGCGCAAUUCGUUGCUACAAAGAUAUGGUGCGAUAAAAACCAGGACGCUACGACGGUCCAGCAAGUACACAGUCACCUUUGCCAAGUUUGCAUCCCAGGAAUUGGCGACAGAAGCACUGCUGCAUUUGCAUCAGUUAAAUGUUAAAGGACGAUAUCUGUCGGUCGAGUAUGCCAAAAAGUCGAUACCAGCCGAGCUUUCAGAACUGGAGCCUCAGAAUGAACCACCUGCAGACAGUGAUGUUAAAGCUAAAACUACUAGUAAAGCCGAUCUCCAGGCCUUCCAAAGGAAGCUGAACAGUUGGACCAUGAAUCAUGUGUUUAGUCAACCACCUCCGCCAAAUAUAAGAUACAAGUAUAUAGCACCCACGAGGAAUACACUGAUGAGGAUAGCUAUACAACUGUUGAAGGAGCCAACCUUUUAUACACAGGUGUUGCAUUUAAUGAAUAAAAUGAACUUACCGCCUCCUUUUGAGGAAUUGGAAGAAGAGUUUCCCAUGCUGAAGGAAGUAUACAACAUGGAGAAAUACAGAAAUAUCUUUGGCAACAAAAUUACCGAUGCGUUGUAUGAACGUGUGAAUGGAGAGGAAGAAGAAGAAGAAGAAGAGGAAUCUGAAAUAGAAUCAGACAGAGAAGACAACACAAGGCCAGCGGUAAUCAUCCCUGUUAAGAGGAAACGGCCGCAGCCUACGAGGCGUUUGAAAAUCCCAAAGUUCGUCAAUCCCGCCAAAAACAUCGCGGCACCUUCGUCCACGCAAAAAGUCUUCAGACCGGAAGAUAUGUUCGAAUCGGUUCAACUCGGGGAAGCUAAGAAUCUCAAGAUCGAACUGAAGACCCUGGACAAAUCCUUAGACGCAGCAUCCAUCACCUCUCAAGACAGCGCUGUAGCGGUAGACGGCGGAUUCGGCCUGAUAUUCCCAGCUACCAAGUCUACCGAAGACGCAAAGGACACCGAGGCGAGUGUGGAAAAGCCAAAGAACAAGUUUAUAACCACAGAGGAGUUGGAAGCCAACAGAAUUUCUGCCAACGAUCAGAGGGUGCUCCCUGUGUUCAAGAAUUAUCAUCCGGGCAAACCUUCCAACCGUCUCUACAUAAAGAAUCUCGCGAAACAAGUGGAGGCCAAGGACCUACAUUAUAUUUACCAGAGAUAUGUUAUCGCGGGUCUGAAAGACGCAGAGAACGAAUACGACAUGCGACUUAUGCAGGAGGGCAGGAUGAAGGGACAGGCUUUCAUCACGUUGCAGAAUAACGUACAGGCGCAAAUGGCCCUCGACGAAACCAACGGAUACAUAUUAAAAGACAAGCCUAUGGUUGUACAGUUUGCCAAAGUGGCCAAAAGCUAACACAGACUGUCUCCUCGUUUCAGUAUAAUCCUAACUUAUUUCUUAACGUGGCUGUGUAAAAUUUAACGAUAAGCUCGCUCUUUGUACUCUUGAGAAUAAAACGAAGACACUGUA